AUGUACCACGGAUCCAAGUCAGAAUCCCAUCAAUGGGGCAGCUGGUCGGCUUGGGUUUUCAACAAGGAGCAGAGCCGCUACUAUCGCUUUCGCCAGGAUUCCGAAGGAAAUUAUGACUUUGACUGGGACCAGCACGACUCGGCCGCCACUGCUCAUGCGCAAACUCCACGAGACACAACGAUCAGCGACAUAACGGAAGGCCUGAGAGGCCUAACCACCGAUUAUAACGGCUCAAUAUCCGAAGACCAUGCAUCGAAACCAAGAUCCAGCAAGCACAGAAGCAAGCACAAACAACGAACAGGCUCCCGCGACGAGGAUUCGGCUCAGGAUGCCUACGGGACCUUCGCAGCAGAUUCUUUACAUGCCUCCCAGGCGGGGCAGUAUGAUUAUACGGCUGGUCAAUAUGUCCACGGAUCGUCUGAAGCUCAAUAUUAUCAGGCAUCGACAUCAGACUCACAAUCGGCUGCUGCGUACGGCAGCGGAAGGGCAGAAGGCCGAUCAGCUGAGAAUCACGCAGUUGACCAACAAACCCACAGGUACAGCGAUGAGGGGCAUUACAGUCCUGACCAAGAACCCGAAGACGAAGAAUUAGCAGACACUAUUGCGGCAAGCCGACAGUACAAUUAUGAUGAAUAUGCGAACGCUGGGGAAUCAUCAGCAGCAGCCUAUGGUCUGUCUCUCAUCCGCACUCCCUAUGACGAAGAGGAAGAGGAAGGUCCUCCUACGCCAAGAGCCCAGUCAAGCGCCGGCAGCUAUCACAUCGCUGCCACUGUCCUCGAAGAGCCACCAGAAGAACUAGAUCCACGCUACCAAGUUGAACCGUCCAUCAGGUUUCAGCCAGGGGAGAUAUUCAAAGUGCAUUGGUCAGAACCACAGGGCGCCAGCUCCGAUGGAGCUCCGAGCGUAUCUGGCAAACACGAGAUCCAGAACAGAUUUGGCACGAAAUUCUUUGUCGGAUUUCGACGCUUCAUUGUGAUAGCAAAUGAUCAAGGUCACUGUACCUGCGUACCUAUCCUCACAUAUGGGGGCAAAGGGUGCAAGAAGAAGGGUGUCAAGGCCGACAAACACGGCAUCAUUUACGAGCGCGGCGGCAAACCGCGCCUACUCGAUAAGGAACCAAAGCUUGGGUUCCCUCCCGUUAGGGUCGAGAUGAAGCAAGAGGGCGAGAAGCUCUCAAAAGAAUCUCGCGUUAAUUACUCUAAGCUGGUCACUGUGGAACACAACGUCAAAGUGUUCUUCAUAGGAUCUAUCGUGUAUAACGACUGGGAACUCGUUAGCGAUGCCGUCAACCACUGCUGGAACAAGAAGAACCAUCAGAAGCAGAGACACCGAUAG